AUGUUUAAAGUGGGACUAUCCAGAUUCACCACUGGGUCUGUACUAAGGAGGCAAACCAGACUAUCGGUAAGAUUCCCAUUGCAUUUACGCGCAGUCGCUGUUCCUACGUUUGCAUCCAGUAUUCGAUUCAACUCAUCCACCACCACCAACAAUACCGUACACGAGAUCAAAGACAAAUUAGUUUCCUUUGCCGAUGAAAACAACGUUGUAGAAUCAGUAACAAAUUUACAUUCGGAUCAAAUUGGUUACCUUGAAUCGAUCGGUUUAGCUCAAGGAUGGGGUCCAACAAGUAUCAUUGAAAGAAUGCUAGAGUAUACUCAUGUUUACACUGGUUUACCAUGGUGGGGAACCAUAACAGUACUUACCAUUAUCAUCAGAGUUGUAUUGUUCCCACUUUACGUCAAGGCUAGUUCCAAUGCCACCAGAAUGUCAGAAAUCAAACCCCAGUUGGAUAAAAUCAUGAAACAAAUUAAAAGUGGUGAUGUACAAGAUCAAAUGAAGGGGAUGGAGAAGAGACGUAAGUUAAUGAAGGAUCACAAUGUUUCCACAUUAGCUUCUUUGGCACCAGUGGUUCAAUUACCCUUGGCGUAUGGGUUUUUCCAAGCACUUCGAAAAAUGGCCAAUCAUCCAGUCGAAGGCUUUACUGAUCAAGGUCUUGCAUGGUUCACCAAUUUGAGUGAUGUCGAUCCAUAUUUGGGAUUACAGGCUAUUGCAGCUGCGGCUGUUAUAGCUGUUGUUAGGAUUGGUGGUGAAACAGGUCAGCAUGCAAUUGCCCAGAGUAUGAAGCAAGUUAUGACUAUAGUGCCCAUCAUCUCCAUUUUCAUCACCAAAAACUUUUCAGCUGCUGUUGUCCUAUACUUUGCAAUCAACUCGAUCUUGUCGUUGAUGCAAAGUGCUAUAUUCAAGAGCAACACUUUGCGUCAAUUGUUGGGUAUGCCAAAGAAGUUGACAAUCCAUCAAUUAAAUGAAAGUACUACUAGUCUGCCCAAAUCACUCAAAGAAAUGGUGACUAAUUUUGUCGAUGAAUCAAAGGAGAGAAGUAUCAAAUCUGCAAGAGAUGCAAAUAAGAGGUUGGAAGUGCAACAACACAGAAAGGGUCUUACUGAAGAUGGAUAUGUCAGAAAAAGAGAAAAGAGUGAUAAGCGUGGGAGAAAUUAA